CGUGGUGCAAGCAGCCAUGUUGCUGUGAGCUUGUUCCGGUAUCAGGGCAGGAGGAUCGUGCGCACAGUCUGCAGCUCCUCGCCUUUCUCCCCCUGUCGCCCGUGACACGCAUCUCUCCCACCAAGCGAGAGAGAGAGAGAGGAGGAGAGGAAAAAAAAAAAAAAAAAAAAAAAAACCCACUUUGACCGAUAAUGGAUUUUACAACUUGACGAUUCCCUCGGUCAGUUUCGCUGGUGACUGGAAUAACAAUAUAUAUUUCGGCGUGUGUCUCUGGUGUACGUCGCCCUACACUGCAGUGCAGCACUGGUGGACGACCUUAUUCCAAUCACGCAACACAAGGAAGAGCUCGGGUGAUUUCCGUGGAUUUUUUUUUUUUUUUUUGAGUUUCGUGGGUUUGCUCUGAGGCCGUCACCGCCGCUCAGGUCGCAGGGGGAAUAAGCUAACUAGCUAGCUUUGCACUCGAAUUGGAGAAGCUACAUGGGCUAACGCCGAAGCAGCCCCGCAGCUAGCAGCUAGCGCAACUAAUUAGUUCGUGUUUCUCACCUGCUAUGCGAUUACAAGGUUGCUGCUUUUAUUUUUUACCGGGACACUGGGAAUAUUUGUGAAUGUUUUUUUUUUUUUUGUGUGUGUGUGUGUGUGUGUGUGAGUCGGGAGGGUUGAAGAAGAAGAAGAAGAAGACCUCGCCGGGAAUAACUUUGGCCUGAAAGUUUGUGGAUCCCGGGACCUGGUUUCAAAUCUGAAAGGAAACACAUCUGUCACCAAAAGGUUUUUUUUUUUUUUUUUUUUUUUUUUUUUUUUUUUCUUUUGAAGACGACGGCACUACGUUAUGAAAACGACCCUGGAUUAAAAACAAAAACAAAAAAAAAUAGUUGUGAGUUUCGGCUUCAGCCUUGGCUCCUUCGUCGGUUGGUUAGCUAACCCUACAGGUUAGCAUGUUAGCCACAUAAUUGGACUUGGUCAACGCAAAACCGUUGCCCAACUUUUUCUUCAAACUAGCACAACUAGCUACCCCAAAGCUAGCGCUCCUGGCUGCUAGCUGGCGACUAGCCUCCGUGCUUAUUUAACCACUCAACCAUCGUUUUGGGACCUGAAUGUUUGGACACCCGAGCCGGAGCUGAAGAAGAAGAAGGAGGAAAUAUAAAGACAAAUACUGGCUUUUCUUCGUUUUUUUUGUGCUCGUUGACAAACAUGGGACGUAGCGGUUGCCGCUAGUUAGUUUCUAGCCAGCUGGUGAUGUGGGAUUCAACUUGUUGAUUCAACUUGUUGCCUCAACUUGUUGAUUAUUUCGUUUUUUUCCCUCUAACCAUCAGCCUACAGGAGUUUUUUAAAUGCACAAGAGACACUGACAAGUCCUUUCACCGCUCCUUCCCCCCUUCCCCUCCUUUUUUAUUUUAUUUUUCAUUAUUUUUUUUGGGCAACUCCACAUAUUUGAAACAUGUCAACAAGGCCCCCUUUGGUGCAAGUCAUUGACAAUACGCCCGGGCAGGAGUCCAAGUCGUCCGGUCGCUCCAGCAUGUCCCGAUGUCGGAACUCCGUCGCCACGACCACGUCGGAGGAGCAGCCGCACAUCGGCAACUAUCGGCUACUGAAAACCAUCGGCAAAGGCAACUUCGCCAAGGUCAAACUGGCACGACACGUCCUCACCGGAAAAGAGGUGGCUGUAAAGAUCAUAGAUAAGACACAGCUCAACUCCUCCAGUUUGCAGAAGCUCUUCCGGGAGGUGAGGAUCAUGAAGAUGUUGAAUCAUCCCAACAUAGUCAAGCUCUUUGAGGUGAUAGAGACAGAGAAGACUUUGUACCUGGUGAUGGAGUACGCCAGUGGAGGAGAGGUCUUUGAUUACUUGGUGGCCCACGGCCGGAUGAAGGAGAAAGAAGCCCGUGCCAAAUUCAGACAGAUCGUGUCAGCGGUGCAGUAUUGCCAUCAGAAGUGUAUAGUACACAGAGACCUCAAGGCCGAGAACCUGCUGCUGGACGCGGACAUGAACAUCAAGAUCGCGGACUUCGGCUUCAGCAACGAAUUCACCCUGGGGAACAAGCUGGACACUUUCUGCGGCUCCCCGCCCUACGCAGCGCCGGAGCUCUUCCAGGGCAAGAAGUACGACGGGCCCGAGGUGGACGUCUGGAGCCUGGGGGUGAUCCUCUACACCCUGGUCAGCGGCUCGCUGCCCUUCGAUGGACAAAACCUCAAGGAGCUGAGGGAGCGUGUGCUCCGCGGUAAAUACAGGAUCCCUUUCUACAUGUCCACCGACUGUGAGAACCUGCUUAAAAAGUUCCUCAUCCUGAACCCUUCCAAAAGAGGCAGCCUCGAGACAACUCAUACGGCCGGUCUGACUUGCCCCAAGCAGCAGAUAAUGAGGGACCGGUGGAUGAAUGUGGGCUACGAGGAGGAGGAGCUCAAACCCUACAUUGAACCUCAGCCAGAUUAUAAGGACCCCAAGAGAACAGACGUCAUGCUGCAGAUGGGAUUCUCUCAGGAGGAGAUCCAGGACUCGCUGGUGAACCAGAAGUACAACGAUGUGAUGGCUACGUACCUGCUUCUAGACUAUAGGAACUCUGAGCUGGAGGAAGGCGUCAUCAAGCCUCGGCCAGGAAGUGAUGUAAGCAACAUAAAUGUCUCCUCCUCGCUCCACAAGGUACAGCGCAGCGUGUCGUCCAACCAGAAGCCUCAGAACCGCAGAGCCACCGAUCAGGGCUCCUACUCCAAGAGGGGAGGACAAGCCGACAACCGGACUGCAGGAGAGGAUUCUGGGAGGAAGAGUUCUUCAGGCAGCUCCACUACCAAGGUGCCGGCCAGUCCGCUGACGGCCUCCGACCGCAAGAAGAGCGGCACACCCUCCACCAAUAGCAUCCUGUCCACCGGUACCGGCCGCAGUCGAAACUCUCCUCUGACCGAGAGAGCCACGCUGGGCCAGGGCAUCCAGAACGGCAAGGACAGCCUAAACACUCCGGGCUCCCGCGCCUCCACCGCCUCGGCCGCUGCCGUCCUCUCCUCCUCCUCCUCCUCGCGUCCCCGCCACUACAAGUCCCUGUCCUCCUCCAAUCAUCCAUGCCCCUCUGACCUGCACGCACCACGGCCCAGCGCCCCGGCACAGCGGGCGCCCGGCGCCUCACCUUCGGCCCACAACAUCAGCAGCGCCACCGUGUCGGACCGCACCAACUUCUCCAGAGGGGUGGGCAUCCGCAGCACGUUCCACGCGGGCCAGCAGCGCGGCGCCCGGGACCAGCAGAGCUCCGGUUACCCCGGCGGGCCCGCCUCCCCGUCGCUGUCGCACGGCAACAGCCAGGCCCGGAGGGCGCACGGGGCCACGGGGAUCUUCAGCAAGUUCACGUCGAAGUUCGUACGCAAAAAUCUCUCGUUCAGGUUUCCGAGAAGGAGUCCGUAUGAGGGAGAGGGUCGGGAUGAGGGGAGCAGGUCUGUGUUGAGCAGCACAGUGGACAAGUCGGAGAAGACGUCUGGCGGCGUUCUCUCCUCCUCUUCCAACAACGACGAGAACAACUCCUCACCAGGAUCUGGUAACACUGGUGGCACCGGUACCCCUCCGGCCAUCGCCAGCCAGAAGGACAUGUCCAAGCCGCGCUCGCUGCGCUUCACCUGGUCCAUGAAGACCACGUCGUCCAUGGAGCCCACGGAGAUGAUGCGGGAGAUCCGCAAGGUGCUCGACUCCAACAGCUGCGAGUACGAGCUGCGCGAGCGCUACAUGCUGCUGUGCAUGUCCGGCGACCCGGCGCGCGACGACUUCGUCCAGUGGGAGAUGGAGGUGUGCAAGCUGCCGCGGCUCUCCCUCAACGGCGUGCGCUUCAAGCGGAUCUCGGGCACGUCCAUCGCCUUCAAGAACAUUGCCUCAAAGAUCGCCAACGAGCUCAAACUGUGAGCAGCGAGAAGAGAGAGGAGAGGAGGAGGAGGCUGGGAGGGUGGAGGUGGGUGGAGGAUGACGCUGCAGGUGGGAUGGGGGGCACUGUGGAGGUCAGGAGGUAAGCUAAAGCUAAUGCUAAAGGGUGGGAUCACUUUAAAAAUAACAUGAUUGUUAUGUAGACGGAGGUCUGACGUAGGGCUGCCACGUUCUGAGACUAGAAAACGUUUCUUUUCUAGAGGUUUUGUUCCAUUUGUUCCGAGGCCCCUGCGAUUAGAGACUCGGAGUUGAUUUCCUCUUGAGUCGUGAAGUACUUACAGACCCGAGUCUUUCUCUCUGAACCUCUGCCGGGGUUUUUUGUUUUUGUUUUGUUGUUUUUUUUUUUGUUUCUUUUUUCUCCUGUCACGUUCUACUUAGACGUUCCACUCUUCUGCAUGUCCGAUCUUCUCUCUCUGUUUUUUAGGAGUCACACUUAGAUCACUUUGACCACUCCUGUCAUUUCUUCCUGCUAUUUAUUCAGUUUCUCUGCACGGUUCUGAUAAAAUGGGAGGGGGAGGGAGGGAGGGGUUUAGCUGGAGGAGGAGGUGGUGGAGGAGGUGGAGGACGAGGAGGACUAAUAGUCGUGAAUGAUUCUCUGAGUUCAGGUCGGGACGUGGAGCCUUAUCUCGCUGGAAAAAGGAUUUUUUUUCUUGAUUGAUUUGUUCUGAUGGGACUCCAGCUGAGCCAGGACUUGAAGACACACACAAAAACACACACACACACACACCUACUGCACCUCUUCACCUACACACCUACAACUACAGAUGGAUUUUGGACGGACACGUCUCCCGUCUUCUAUCUGCUUCUGCCGGUGGAUGGACCCCCCCCCCUCUCAAAAUCCGCCUCGUCUCAUCUUCCUCACGGACGCUCUUCAUUCGCCUCCUUCUCCUCCUCUUCUUCCUCAGACUGAACUCAAGCUCAAACACAUCCACCUUUUUUCUUCACUCCUUUUUUGUUUUCCUUCCUCAUCUUCUUUUUUAUUAUUAUUAUUAUUUUAUUUCAUUUUUUUUUUUUUUUUUUUUUGGGAAACCUCUGUCACAUCAUCAAGUCCGAGGAGGCCAGUCAGACUCAUCAAUCCUCCGUACUUUUUUUUUUUUUUAAUUAUUAUUAUUAUUAUCUUCUUUUAUUGCUUUUAAAAAGAGUUGUGCACUGGAAAAAAAUAUAUAUAAAAAAAAAAAGAAGAAGAAGAAGACGGGGGGCGAACCGGAACCUGGAACCUGGAAAGGUUGAGGACACUUGGAUGGGUUUUUAUGUUGCCUUCUUUCUUUCUUUGAAGAAUUAAAUUUGGGGGUUUGUUUUUUUUGUUUUUUUUUCUUCGUUGCAGCACAUAAAUGUGUACUUUAGUUUUAGACGUUCAGCCGGUUGACAUCGCGCCUUCGUAUCCAGAAUGUCAACCCGACAGCCGACUCGUUUCCCUCCCACUCUCACACAUCUGCUGUCGCACAUGUUCCCAAAGAGCAAACAACAAAAAAAAAAAAGACGACAAAUUCGGACAAACGAUGAAUGGUGAAUUAUUAUUUUUCUUCUGCUUCUGAUUUGAUGAUAUAUUUUUGUGUCGUCGGAGUCUCCUUUGGGUCUGUACAGGUUUGGACUGGAGUCAGAGGGGAGUGUGGAGGGAGGGGGGCAUCACGUCGGAUCAUAUCAUUGCUGCCUUUUUUUUUUUUUUUUUUUUUUUUUCUUGGUGUAGUGCACCUUUAACACACACUUAACUUCCACUAUCCGUUUUAACACAAACCCCUCCGGGCACACACACACAGACACACACACACACACAAGUGCAGAAGUUAUCGAUGUAUUUAAUGUUGAUGAUGAUGAUGAUGGUGGUGGUGGUGGUGACGACUACUGCUCGUUCAUUUUCUUUUCAGCCAUUAAUUUUCUUUUUUAGGAGUUAAUUUACUUGUUUGUUUUUUUUUGUUAAAGGCCUUGUUGGUCCAGGAUGGCUUGAAGCGAAUCAAAACAAAAGAGAAACAGGGAGCGACUCCCUUCGUUUCUCUCGUGUCCGGGCUCAAAAAAACCACAAGCAGGAGAAGUCGCUUCCUUUUCUCUCCUUCUCCACACGUUCAAUGCUCCAGUUUUUUGUUGAUGCAGAAAAAAAACAAAAAAAAAACAAAAAAACGCACGCCUGAGUUGGGAGGAGGAGGGAGGGAUGGAGGGAGGGUGGCUGGCUCGUUGUACCUAACUGAACACUUUUUUCUUUUCUUUCUAUCACGAUGACACACUGUCGUUUUUAUUAUUUUUGUUUUUCCUUUUCAGUUUUUAAUACGUCAGAUUUUUUUUUUUUUUCUUUAAAAAGUUGAUCAUUGUUUUAAGGUGCUGGGUAUUGGAUUCUAAUUAUUAUUCUGGCUGUUGCUGUUAUAUUAUCUCUUUCAGGGUUGAUUUCAUUUUACAUUAUUUUACAUUGCUGUAAUUUACAUUGAUUUUAAAUGUGUUUUUUGAGCAAACUGUAACUGUAGUGGUGGGUUUUUUGGGGGGUUGGGAGGGGCGAUCAACUCCUGAAAAAUGUAUUAUUUGUUUUUUUUUUUUUUGUUUUUUUGUGCAAAAACAAAAUGAUGAAAAAUUACAAUGAUAGUAAUAAAAACAAUGAUAUAAUGAUAUCGUCUGGCUCUGAAAUCCAUCGCAUGAUGCAGGCGGUGUCUCAGCGUGACGUCCAUUCAGUAAUAGUUACCAAUCGUAUCGCUUCAAAAUCAAGAUCAAGAUCGCUGUAUUGAUCCCCGCAGGGAAAAUAUUUUGUCCAAGACAAGAAGAGCAUAGACAUAAGAAUGAAAAUAAAAUGAGAAUGACGUAGAAGUAAUGGCUUGUUCUUCACCUGCUGGAUAUAAUGUUUAAUUUUCCUUUUGCAGACUGGAUUAAGGAGGAUUAAGAAGCACACGUGUUCAUUUAUUUCCUCUUGAGCCUGAAGUCAGAGUCCACACAUUUCUUCCCUUUCGCUCAUAGAUUUUCUUUAAUAUUUUGCCUCCUUUUUUAAUUUUAAUGCAGCACAUCCAACCAGCAACUCUGUCUAUAUUUAUAGAAAGUAUGGAAUCACUUUCUUAUUCAAUUCUGGUGAGAAAGUGUGUCCAAACUUUUCAGUGGUAGUGCAUCUUCCAGGAUUAAAGAAGAGUUGUUGAUCAUG